AUGACCGACGUCGCUGCGGACCGGGGAUACACAAUAUUGCUGGCUCACCUCCACAAACCUACUUCGAGCCUGCCUCUGGAGACGUUGCAGUCCUUGAUUGCGCAUUUUCUCUCGCUACAUCCAGCACCCGCUCCGCUUUCCGCCACAGUCGUCUCAUCGCCGCUCUUUCGACCGUUCGCGCACAAUACACUUUCUGUGCUACACACCGCGCUUCGCGGCGCCGUUCAUCUGAAAUGGAAGGCAUUACAAGACGAAAGCAAUAGCCUGCUCAGCCUUGGCCCAAGCAAACGUGUGCAGAUGGACGCGUGGGCUCGGUCCGUCGUCGGAGGGUUUACCGGAGCGCAAAGCGUUGUUCGGCUUGUUGGAGCGGGUGGCGUCUUGUUGGGUUUGGAGGACUUGAAGAAGGAUAUUGGAUCCGGAAACGGGAGACGCAGCGCAAGAGGAAAGGCAGAGGAUGAAGUGGUCAUAGCUCUAGCAGAGGUCAUGGAACUAUAUGGGCGCAAGGGCGAUAGCUGGGAGAGCGAAUUCAAACCACAAGUCGAGGCAGGCGAAGCCGAUACACUAUCUUUAUCUCUAGUGUUUGCGUCUCAAUUCUUGGCACGAGUUGAUUCACAAAGAUUGCUAGCAUUGCCUUUGCCCGAACUCACGUCCCACUUUAUCACGACCCUUGAAUCGGCAUUCUACAAGGGUUCCUUUCUCUCGACCCUCGCGAAAUCGAUCUCUACAUCUUCGCACAAUCAAAUUUCCCUCGUCAGCCCUCGUCCGGACGAGAGUGGCGACUAUCCAUACUCAGAUCCUUUGACCAGUCCCUUACAGUCGACCCUACGCACUCUCUCAUCAUCCACCCUCUUCACCCAUGUUGCAUCUCUGAGCCGCGCUGCAGCCUUUGUCCUCCCUCUCCUGGUCGAAUCUCGGCCGCGUGAAGGCUGGACCACCUUGAGCGACGUCACGCAAAGGCUGCGUGCUCUGGCAUACGCCGUGGAACGUGACUGGAGCCAGAGUCCAUUGGCCAAUGUAGAGAGCGAGGAGGCCAUAUCACCCGAGUCCCGCGAUACGGCGACGCAACUCUGGACGGCGCUCAAGACGCAGUUAUUCGCCACUGUCAUGGUCUCACAGGCCGUGCUAGGAUCGAUCGUGUAUUCUCACCGGCCGGACAGCUUGGUCACGGAACUGUCAGCUGCAUCUUUGGCUCUUGGUACUCUCGAGACCUUGCGACAUCUCUCUUUCGUGAUUUCCAAGUUCGGAGGAGUCGAAGGCGGAUUUGGGGAGCUUAAGAGCGCAUUCUACAGCGCGCUUGAUAUCUUGAGCGUUGACGCGAGUUUGAGCAAUGAGCUCGUGCGUGGAAUGAGCGUCGCAGAUAGCGAAGGCCCGAGUACUGGAACCCGAUCAAGGGUGUUCGACCGCGCUGUACUGGCAUUCAGGCUCAGUUGUGUAGAGCAGCUCAUUCUCGUACUCGACGCGCAAGCCGUCGAGACCCACGUUGUACCGAUGUGCCUACCACAUCUCAAUGACCCGACUCAUCGCGAAACAUAUGAACUUGCACAUUCCGUGGUGUUGGGUGUCUUCGCCUCACAUGCUCGAAAGCAUAUGGGUGACCCGAGCGUGGAUGCGGAGCCGUCCUUCGUGGAGAAGUUGACUCCGUAUUACACGAGGUGUUUGCUUGAGAACUCCGCAGAUGAAAAACUGAGUACAACCCAACUCCGCCUUGCAUUCUCCGCACUAGUAUCGAGCGCGGCAACGUCCUCGCGCGCGCUCGCACACCAUGCACUAUCGGCCAUACUUGCGCUUAUACAGACUUCACCACCUGCACAAAAGCAACGACUGCGCCUGGCACUGAUCUCAUCACUUUCUGGUCUGGACCUGCCCCUACUAUCAAUCUUUGCCGACCGCGCACGAGAGACCAUUUUGGCUGCCGGUGUAGAGGAAAGAGACGAACUCUGGGAGGAAUUAUUCAAGGAGCUUGUCGUCAACUCAGGGGAUCGAGAGAAGGAGUGGGCGAUGCGAUGGUGGGCUGAUCACAGGCCAAGGAACGCGCCAACUGUACCCGCAGCUAUGGGUGAGAAGGGAAAGGGUAGAGAACAGCUAGCCGCCUAA